AUGUGCGGAGGCAUUGGAACAGAUGGCGGUGACGAGACCGUGGUGGUUCUGUUCUACUGCUACCAAGGCCUCGGUGCAGAGGGUGCUGCACAAUUGGCUGAGGAGCAGCAGCGACUUGGAGCAGAGCUGAGACUCUCUGGCCGCGUUUUGGUGGCCUUGGAGGGCAUCAACGGCACAGUCCAGGGGGGUUCAGCUGCAGUGACGGCUUACGAGGUUGCGGUUCAACGCUUCUUCAACACCCGGAUCGACUGGAAGAGGAGUGCUGCGUCAGAGCAAAAUCUUUUCCCUGACUUCGUGGUCAAACAGGUGUCCGAACUUGUUGGCUUCGGGCUUCAAGAGGCUAAGCCCUUGGAUGUUCAUGCCGAGGGCGGGACGCACCUGUCACCGGAAGAGUUCCAUUCGCGACUCCUUCAAAAUUCGGAGGAGUUGCGGAUCAUUGAUGUGCGGAACACGUUCGAGUACGAUGUGGGCCAUUUUGACGGGGCCAUCGAUCCGGGGAUGACGCACACAGCUCAAUGGCCCCGAUACGUAAAGGACAACAUACAGGAUCUGCGGGGUCGCACUGUGAUGCUGUACUGUACAGGAGGCAUUCGGUGCGAAAAGGCAUCCGCCUACCUGCGACGCCGGCUCAACGACCUGGGCGACAGUUCCACUCCUGUGUUUCAACUCGAGGGUGGUAUCCACCGUUACCUGGAGGCGUUUCCAGAUGGUGGCCACUUUCAAGGAGCGAACUUUGUGUUCGACAAGAGAGCGCAGAUGCGCUCGGCGAGCACUUCUGUGGUUGGGCGCUGCUCAGAGUGCUCUUCUGCCUGGGAUACCCACCAUGGUGGCAGGGUUUGUGCCGUCUGCCGCGCAUUGGUCCUGGUCUGCGAUGCUUGCGAUGCGACUAGUAGUGGUGAGUACUGGUGCCCGGAGCACUCCGAGAUGAAAGGUAUCUACCACCACUUUCUGGACCGAUUCACUGCAGAAGAGCUGCAGUUGCAAGCUGGUGCACUUCAGUCUUGCCUUGCAAAAGAGGUGGGCACUCGCAAAAAGAAUCGGCGGAACACGCUCCGAAAGAAGCUGACACAGGUGGAGGCACGGCUUGCAGUCUUGACUCGUUCCGGGGCCUGUCCGGGUCCUCCUAUUCGUCGGUGCCGAGCGUGCGAAAGGCCAUACUCCGAGUGCCCUGGUUCUUGCUGGGGCUUCUGGCGGCGCACUGAACCCGAAUAG